CGGUGACUCCGUUGCCGUGGUGACGGGCUGUGGCCGGCGAUGGGGGGCAGCGGCGCUCGGGUUCCGGCGGCUGCGACGGCAGGUCAAUAUUGUGAAUGUUUCAUCCUGAACAUUGCAUCAGUGAAGUGUCGGGCGGGGCACUGAAAACUUGUGCCGACCAUCUGGCGGGUGUGUUCAAAGGCAUUUUCAAUCUCUCAUUGCUACAGUUGGAAGUUCCCACCUGCCUCGAAAGGGCAACGAUUGUACCAGUGCCCAAGAAGGGCAGGAGUGAACGCCUAAGGGCGAAUUCCCGGACUGCUGGCUGAGCUGUUGAAGAGAAGAUCCUUUGAGAGAGUUGCAGGGCACGUGAUACUGACCCCGGCUCCUGAGGCUUUCGCUCGCUCACCAGAGCCAAGUCCGACUGCAGUGCCCUCCGCCUCAGCCCGCGGCCGACAGAGACGAGGGGCGAGGGAUGAACUCAGCCGGGGCUCCUGCUGAGCCCGUGAGCCCGGCCGCUGGUUGCUUGCCGUGAAUUGUCGUCGGACGCCAAGGAAACUACGCAGCCUCUGACGGUCUCUGUGAAUAUUCUCAACCUCCUCCCUCUCCUCCUCUCCCCCUCCUUUCCCCUUCCUUCUAUCCACCCUUUCACUUCCCCACUCUUUCCCACCUUCCUCGCCUGUUUUCCCCACCCACCAAACCCCCAGGUGUGUGUCCACUGCCCAACUAUGAACGGGUGGAUCUACUGGGCCCAGGACCACCUGACUGCGCUGGUGCUGAACAUGCGCCGCACUCUGCUGCAGAUCGCCAUCCUCAUCAGCGUCGUCCUGCUGCUCCUUUGGCUGUCCGUCUUCCUCUACGGCAGCUUCUACUACUCCUACAUACCGUCCGUCAGCUACACCACCCCGGUGCACCUCGUCUUCAGGUCUGACUGUGACUCCAAAGGCGUGCUCUGCUCCUUCCCCGUCGCCAACAUCUCCUUACUCCGCAACGGAAGGGAGAAGGUAAUGAUGUACGGACAGCCGUAUCAGAUCUCCCUGUGGCUCCAGAUGCCAGAGUCUCCCAUCAAUCAGAAUCUGGGAAUGUUCAUGGUGCAGAUGUCCUGCUACACCAAGACAGGGGCCAUAAUCUCCACCAUUUCCAGAUCGGCAAUGUUACAUUACAAGUCGUGGCUGUUACAAACUUUGGACACUCUGCUAUUUGCCCCUCUCUUCAUUACCGGGCUGCUGGAGCAGAUGCAGGUCGUGGAGGUCGAGUUCUACUCCGACUAUAAGGAAGAUUCAUACACUCCGACGAUUGGGGCAGUGAUCGAGAUCCAAACAAAGCACAUCGAGAUCUACAAGGCUCAGCUGCUGAUCCGCGCCCACUUCACGGGAAUCAGGUACCUCCUGUACACCUUCCCAGCGAUGUCAGCCAUCAUCGGCGUCUCCACCAACUUUACCUUCCUGUGCGUCCUCGUUCUGGCCAGCUACCUGCACGUGGUGUGGAGGGGGAUCUGGUCUGCGGACGGAGCAGAAAGCCAGGUUGAGGGUCGCCGGACCACGCUCCCGGAGAGAGGUCGGUCGCUUUCCCUGUCCGACCCGCUGAUACGCACCAGGGGCGAUCUGUUGCUCAGCAUUAUUGGCAGCAGUCUGAGGCAAACGCCGAGCAGCAGCCCCCGAGUGUCCCUGCAGGACCACAACCUCCAGCUGGCCGCCACGCCUGGCACGUCGCGGCACUCUACCGGGCUAGCGUCGGGUAGUCCUGUCAUGCAGGAACAGCCUCCAGGAGACUCCCCAAGGGGCAGCAUUCCGGCGAGCGAGGGACGCUUGAGGACAUCUCAACUCAACUCAAUUGGGCCGCCACUGGAAACGGUUGGACUGAUGGAGCAGCCACCCGCAGCUGAAGCAGAGCCUGGCCCCAACAGGACCUCGAGUGGAAUGCCAGACAGCGAUGCUACAAACUCAGCUGAAGCAGAGCCUGGCCCCAACAGGACCUCGAGUGGAAUGCCAGACAGCGAUGCUACAAACUCAGCUGAAGCAGAGCCUGGCCCCAACAGGACCUCGAGUGGAAUGCCAGACAGCGAUGCUACAAACUCAGCACUCGAUCACCCGGCGGAAGAGGCGAGCGGGCAGCUGUCGGCCAUGACCGACACCUCACAGCAGACCCUCCAGUAGCGCCAGGCGCCGGUGGGGCAGGGGGGGGGACCAGGCCAACAGGAGCAUGAAACGCAUGGACUUGAGAGCGGGUGGGGGCCAUGACCGGGACUAAUGUGACUGGCAGGAUGGCCUGUCGUGGGACUUGGAGGCUGGGAUGGGUGUCGGUUCCUGUUCCCCCACAUUGGUCCAUAAGCAAACUCUCUCCCCCCUCCCCAGUCCCAUCAAAACAGCCUCCAUGCAUUAUGUGGCCUUAAACCACCCCCACCCUGGUUAAAAGAGGUCCCAGCACAGGGACAGUGAGCAAACUCAGCGGGAA